AUGUAUAGGAUCACCCAUCCAGCUCCAGGGAUCCCAGAAGAACUAAUUCAGGAGAUGUUUCAUCUUGGCCAGACUGCCUCAAGAGAAGGACUAGGCCUGUAUAUGAGCCACAAGCUAGUAAGAAUUAUGAACGGUACAGUACAAUAUCUUAGAGAGGCAGAGAGAUCAUCCUUCAUAAUUCUUGUAGAAUUUCCAGUGGAUAAGCAGAUAAACCAACGAGGAGAUAAACGGCCGAAUGAACUUGAGAAGACAGAUCGGUAA